AUGGCACAGUCCAAUCUCCUCAUCUUCGGCGCCACCGGCAACAUCGGGCUCUACAUCACCAGGGCCAUCGUGCAAGCCAAGCAAUCUUUUGGGCAAAUCUCCAUCUUCACCAGCGCGGCAACCCUCGAUACCAAGCGGGAGAUCAUUGACGAGUUGAAACAACAAGGCGUGCAGGUUAUUGUCGGCGAUAUCAGCAAUCCCGAGGAUGUGCGCAAGGCGUAUACGGACAUCGACACCGUAAUCUCCGCUCUCGGCCGCGGUGCCAUCGCCGCACAAAUCCCUCUCAUCCAAAUCGCCAACGAAACACCGCAUAUCAAGCGCUUCCUGCCCUCGGAAUACGGCACAGACAUCGAGUACGGCCCCGCAUCGAAGGACGAGAAGCCGCAUCAGCAGAAACUCAAAGUACGCGCGGCGUUGAAGACGGUCCGCGAUUCCUUGGGGUACGCGUAUGUCGUGACUGGUCCGUAUGCUGAUUUCCCGUUCUAUUUGGGUCCGACGAAGAAUGCGCCCAGGGCUGGGUCGUUUGAUGUUGCUGCGAAGAAGGCGGUUUUGUUGGGCGAUGGGAGGGGGAGGAUUAGUUUGAGUGGGUGUGCUGAUGUCGGCAAGUUUGUGGUUCAUACCCUCACGCACUGGGAUGCCGCGCGCAACCGUGCCUUGAAGCUGAAUUCGUUCACGACCACACCGGAAGACAUCCUGGCGGAGUAUGAGAGACAGACGGACAGUUCGUGGACAGUAGAAUAUACCCCUCUGGAGGAGCUGCGGCAGCUAGAAAAGCAGGCUUGGGAGAAGGAAGACCCCUCCGCGACGGUCUAUACGCUGCGCAGGAUCUGGACCGAGGGUGGCACGUUGUAUGAGCGUCGCGACAAUGGCGAUAUUGGCGCCGAGGAGACGAUCUCAUUGCAAGAGCUGGUCAAAGAUUCGGUUCAGAAGCAGACUGGUGGUGUCUGA